GCUCUGGGAGUGUGUGUGUGUGUGUCUGCUGCCCUGAGCCAGGCUCUGGGAGUGUGUGUUGCCCUGAGCCAGGCUCUGGGAGUGUGAGUGCUGCCCGGUCAAUCCCUCUCUCCCCUCCCCCCCGGGCUCCGGAGUCCCCGCCCGACAACAACAACAUCAUCACAGCCAGUAAUAUGGCUAACGCCUGUGUCUGUUCAUCCCCGUUCACCGUGACGGCGACACCGGGCGGGAUCUAACCUCUGCUCACAGUCUCUCUCUCUCUCUCUGAGUCAGUGUGGGAGCCAGGGGACGGCGAUGGAGAGCACUGCUGGAGAUAACAGCCCAUCCCUCAGCGAUAGCGCCGGCUCCAACUCCAACCCCUGGAUGCGAACGUGGGACAACAGCAGCUCCUUGUCGGCUCUGAACACCGGGAGUGGCUCGGAAAUAGAUGGUGGGGAUGAAGAUAAAGAGAUUGCCUCGAGAGCUGUGGCACUUGUAAUCAGAAGUUCUCGAAAGGGUGUUGUCCCACUCUGUGCUGACGUCGCUAACCUUUUGAAGAUCAAAGGGAGAUUAGAACGGACCAUCAAAGCUCAGCAACUGGAGAUCCAUCGCUUGCUCAGCAUGUCACGGACACACUGCAGUCAGUCCUCGGCCAGCACUCAGACCUACUCCAGUGGCCCUGGUAGCCCAGUCCCUUCUUCAAGUGACCGCUCUGCCUCACAGACAGCAGAACUGAUUAGGUGUGAGGAGCAACAGCAAUUUGAGCUUCGAGUAUCUCCCCGUCAAUCGGACCAGGAGGCACUGGUCCAGUGCGUCUCCCCACCACAGAAUGUGGAGUCACUACAGAAGCCAGUCCCCGGACAUGAGUUCACAGUCUCCCGGGGGGAGGUCCAAGUGGAAUGCCCCCAACUCCUUAUGCAGAAGAGGUGUGAGCAGGAACUUAUGGAAACACUGCUGUUAGACUCCAGGCUGACGGAAGGUUUGGGAGGUGUUUGGAAUCAGAUUGAACAUCUACGUGACCGUCUCAGACAGAGUGAGACGCAAGAGCCACAGGAGACUCUGUCCAUGGAAAAUGUAUACCAUGGACAAGGUACUAGGAGCAGAGAAGACUCUAAACUACAAGACAGAGAGCCAAUCCCCACAGCUUGCCGAUGUGCCAAUCAGGACACAGUGCUAACCAAUUACAGAGAAGAUGGACACUCUGGACAGCAGACAAAUAGAACAGACAAGGGAACGUUGAGGAAGCACUCGGUCAGUUGUACACUCCCAACAAAGGAGGGACAGUUACAAUCUACAUCCCAUGUUGACACACCAAAGGCAAGGAGCCCUGAUUUUCAGGUCGAUGCAUCUCUAAGCUGCUCCAUCUUUCCGUUUCCUCUGGUCGGCUGCCAGUGCUCCAGCUGCAUCUCCUUCUUCGGCAAUUACAAACUGACGAAUGGCCGCAAUGGUCACGAGAAAGACAAAAUCAAAACACUGCUGCACCUGCAGAGACAGAAACUUCCCAUUGACAUAAAUGAUUACGUGAUUGUAAAUGGCAACAAGUCAGGCACUGCUCGUUAUGUUGGCCAUUUGGAUGGUUCUGGAAUGGCCAAUGCCGUGUUUGUAGGAGUAGAGCUCGACGAACCAAGUGGACAACAUGACGGUAUGUUUGCAGAGAAGAGGUAUUUCCAGUGUUACGAGAACUUUGCUGUUUUUGUUCCAGUCCACGAGAUAUUUUACGUUAUAAAUAGAAAGCCAAAGAAAUCCAUUUCACCUCCAAGCCCAAGCUCGCUGCAGCACUGCCACUCCCUCGGGUCGCUCUCCAACAAUCCCAGGGCCAGAGGAGAGCACAGCCAUCAGGCCAUCUCCAGGAGAAAGCAGCAGCACCUGCCCAAGAACCUCCAUUCAAAUAGGAGAGUUCUGAGAAAGUCAGGAGUGUCUACCUCCUUGGGAACAUCGGUCACGAGUGUGAACCCCACUCAGGAAGAAUGGAGUGACAGUAACGAGAGGACAGAGAAGGUAGCAGUCUCCUCCCUGCAGACAAAACUAAGCAAUCGGACUUCCACUAUCACUGCGAGUCUACCUCCCGACAUCCCCCACUAUAGGUCGGUUCAUGCACCAAACAAGGUCACCCCAAGGAAAGUUUCCAGACGCUGACAAUACAGAAAGGAGCAGUCAGAUUUAAGGGAAGAAUGUUUUCCUCGGAUGGAAGAUGGUUGGAAUCACAGUUUCUCCACGGCAGAUUGCUUGUCUUGCUUAGUGAGCAGGCAUUGAACUUGCUGGUUGGCUGGGAGCUUUGCCAGUAACACCAGUGAACCUGCACUGACCGCUGUAAGCCCGAACCGGGUAGCUCUGAUAGCUGCACUUUCUCAGUUUACUGUAACAUUUAAUACCGUUGUUACAAACCUCUACUCAAUAAAACCUGCACUGAAAUCA